AAGAGACCUCAAUUAAGAGGAGUGACCGCACAAGAAAAACGUAGAGGGCAACAAAAACAACCAUGGCUUCGUCAAAAGGAGUAGCCACCAGUCCAGCGGCGGCGAGAGCAUCAGAUAUGGAGAAAAUGAGUAUAGAACAACUAAAAGCAGUAAAAGAACAAACAGAUCUUGAAUUCAAUCUCUUACAAGACAGUCUUAACAACAUUAAAACAGCCACUGGUCGUCUUGAAGUCGCCGCCACUUCACUUAAUGAUCUCGCUCUCCGUCCCCAAGGAAAGAAGAUGUUGGUGCCAUUAACUGCUUCACUUUAUGUACCUGGUACACUUGAUGAUGCUGAUAGAGUUCUUGUUGAUAUUGGUACUGGAUAUUUUGUUGAGAAAACAAUGAAUGAAGGGAAAGAUUAUUGCGAGCGCAAGAUUAACUUGUUGAAGUCUAAUUUUGAUCAGCUUAUUGAGCUUGCAACUAAAAAGAAGACUGUAGCAGAUGAAGCAGGGGCAAUCUUACAGGCAAAGCUGAGGCAGUUGGCUCCUACAACUUAGGAUUUUCAGAAUAUCUGCCCUCUUGCUGUUAGAUUCUUGAUUUUCUAGCAUUUUGUAAAGAUACUGCUCUGUAAAACUGCAUUAAAGGUGGUGAUGUUUGUCACCAAAAUGGAUUCCUUCUCAUUGAGCGGAGGAGAAGUUUUCACAAUCGAAAUGGCAUCUAACUUGGAUAUACCAAUUACAUGGAGAAUGAGAAGUUAGAGAGGAUGAUAGGUCGUUCUGGUAUCCUCAGUGGUUAUUCAUUUGAAGUCAUGUUGAUCUGUUUAAUGACUUUUUAUUUCUUCAAUUGGUGUGUUUUGAGUACUCUUGUGACAUUGCUUUGCUGCUAGUUUAAUUCCGCUGAUUGAUCAA